GACGAUACAUGCACCGAUGACACAGAGUCAGUGCCUGACUGGGCUGUGCUGCGAUGUGGCGAUGGUCUGGCAAGCCCUGACCUGAACGAAGAGUGUGACGGAACCCGAGGAACCAACGACACCUUCUACUGCAACGACGACUGCAAGUUGGUAGAGAAUGAAUGCGGCGACGGUGUGCUGUAUGGUGAUGAGGAGUGCGAAAACAUCUUUGGUGAUGACGAGUUCAAAGGUAGGUGUGGGGUUGUUGCAAGGGAGGUGAGUACUGGAGAGUAUGAGCGAAAGAGUAUGGGCGUGUGUGUAUCUUCGGUUGGUUGUUGUAGACAUCUGUGUUCAGAGACGAGUGUGAAGGUGCGCGGGUAG